GCUUGCUGCUGCCAGGGUAAAUAAACUCAGGUGGCUGCAUCCUGGCUGGUGCUGUCAGUGCCAGAGAUGAGAGCCACUUGGCUCCAGCAUCAGCAGAUCCCCCCCCAUCGUGCUGAGCUGGGAUCUGCAGUAGGAGCCACAGAGCCGUGCCUGCAGCAGCUGUCGUGAUGCUGGGACUCCUCCCUGCGCUCCCCUGCCUGCUCCUCCUCUCCCUGCCGGGCUUCAGCUCUGGCUCCGAUGACGACGGCACCGUGGUGCUCACCACCAGCGGCCCCAUCCGGGGCAAGCGCCUCCCGGCCGGCUCCAGCACAGUGACGGCCUUCCUGGGCAUCCCCUACGCCGAGCCCCCCGUGGGGGCCUUACGCUUCCAGAAACCACUUCCCCACCAGCCCUGGAGCCACGUCCUGGAGACCACCAGCUUUGGGAACGCCUGCCACCAGCCGCUGCUUACUGGUUACCCUGAUGCCUAUAUGUGGACACCCAAAACGCCGCAGUCCGAGGACUGCCUCUUCCUCAACGUCUGGGUGCCCCAUCCCCGGCCCCCCACGCCGGCCCCCGUCCUCGUCUGGAUCCACGGCGGGGGGUUCUUUGUAGGUGCAGCCUCCUUGGAGCUCCAAGAUGGGCGCUUCUUAGCCGCCACCGAGAAUGUGAUCGUGGCCUCCAUGAACUACCGCCUGGGGGCGCUGGGCUUCCUGUCCCUGCCUCCGGCCGCCCCGGGGAACGCCGGCCUGUGGGACCAGCGCCUGGCACUGCGCUGGCUGCGGGACAACGUGGCCGUCUUCGGCGGGGACCCAGCUCGUUUGAUGCUCUUCGGCCAGAGUGCUGGGGCUGCCUCGGUCGGCUUCCACCUCCUGUCCCCGGGGAGCCGGCCCCUCUUCACCCGUGCCGCGCUGCAGAGCGGUGCCACCACCUCUCCCUUGGCCUGGUUUAGCCCAGAAAUGGCCAAGGAGAUAGGCCGAGCACUGGGCCGUGACCUGGGCUGCACCGAUUUCAAUGACACCGCCCUGGUGGGCUGCCUGCAGGGGAAGGAGCUGGGAGACUUUGGGAAACGCAUUAUGUCCAUGCCUGGGUCCGUGCCGACCGUAGACGGGGAUUUCCUCCCCGAUGAGCCACUGAGACUCCUGGAGGCCGGGCACAGCCAGCCUAUACCCCUCCUGGCCGGUGUCACAGCCAACGAAGGCUCCUACCUAAUCAUCACUGCCCUUAACUUCACCAGGGUGAAUGCCAGCCACGUGAGCUGGGAGGAGCUGCUGGAGGUGCUGAGGGUGACAAUGCCGGGGCUGCCAUGGGAGGGCGUCCAGGCGGCAGCAGAGCGGUACAACCAGAAGGGGCAGGGCUCGGCGUGGUACCACCGCACCAUGGCUCACAUCAUCAGUGACUAUCAUGUGGUGUGCCCCAUAGCCAAGACGGCUGGGCAGAUGGCGGAGGCCGGCAGUCCCGUGUAUGCCUACACUUUCACCCACCGCCCCAGUGGCUUGUCUUCCCCCAAAUGGAUGGGGGUGCCACAUGGCUCUGAGGUGCCCUACCUGUUUGGGACCCUGGCAUCCGUGGGGGGAGCCAACCACACGCACACGGAGGCCGAGGUGGCACUGAGCCGCAGAGUGAUGCGCUACUGGGCAGAGUUUGCCAGAAGUGGGAACCCCACAGGGGCAGGAGGCAGCGGGGAGCAGUGGCCUCGUUACAAUGCAACAGAGAAGAAUUUUUUCCGUAUCGGAACGGAGCCGCCCCAGGUGGAGGGGACGUCGCCCGCCCGGCUCUGUGGCGUCUUGACACCAUUGGUCCCAAACUAUCAGCGGCUCAAGGCCCAGCCCAAAGGAACUGCUGAACCAGCAGGGGAGACAGAACGUCUGGAGGACUGAGCACCAUGGAGAAACACAGGAUCUUCAGCAGGAAAAGCCCAGACCCCCUCCGCCAUCUCAGCUAUGGGAGUUAGGUCCAGAUUCUCAUGGGUAUUUAGGUGUCGAAUGGGAAUUCGUUACCUAAAUAGCUUUGAGGAUCUUGGCCUAACUCUCCCAGCUGGGCAUCGGUAGCAUUUUUGUUGUAGUAAUGCUGGCCGGCCACUAGAUGGAGACAAGAUCCGGCACACUCAUCCCUCUUCCUAGCAUCCCUACAGUGAUACCUUUAUGUGCAGUAUAUAAAUUGGCCACUAGAUGUCACUGUGGAGGGGAAGCUGUCCCCUGGUCAACAGCGGAGACAAAGGAGGGUUGCGACUGCAUUUUGAAAUCUCUGCUUGCCAGUGCAUCAAGUUAAUAGCCGAAGUUAGCUGGCUCAAAGCCCUGCUUUGUCGGUGCAAUAAAUUCGUUAGACUACAA